AGCUACUCCUUUGUCAACUUCUCCCAGACCUGCCCCUUUUGCUCCGCCGCCAAAACCAGCCCCCAAACCUGUGUUCAAACCACUUCUGGCACCGAAACCUGGCCAUGCCCAAGGAGGUGGAGACAGUUUGCCAGACCAGACUUCUGAUGUGAGAAAAUCUGCACGACUGCCGUCUGGGAUUGGCUCGUUGGCAGGGAAGACUGCCACCAGUGCUGAGAUAGAGAAGAUGAGCUUCAAGGAGAAGCAGAAGUAUUUUGAGUUGGUCAAGGAUGCAGCAUCAUCACAUUCUCAAGCCAAACACUUCAGCUACUUGUCAGAGCAUGAACUGGCAACCAUGAGGCAGGAAGAAGCCAAGAAAGUAGGUGGGAUGACUCAGGCAGAAAUCUUGUCUUAUGUUGCAGGAAGUGCUGCCGAUGUCACCCCAGACCACGACCUGGAGCAGGUGCUUUCCAGGAUAGGAUAUGUGACCCUCGAUUUAUUGCACUUGUCGACUGGCUGUGGUGCCGCAGGUAGAACUGGUUUCCGCACAUCUCCCCAUGCCAGCCGUGAAGGUUCACAGCCACGCACGGAGGAUGUCAUGAGUGCCCGUGAACGAGAGGCUGAGAAACGAGCUUCAUGGAGGAGGGCCAGAAUGAAGAGUCUAGAGGCGGAUGCUGUGCAAGCACAGGCUGUGAUAGCCAGGGCUCAAGAGAUGUCCAGGGACACAUCUUCAGGUGUACGUGCAGUGGACAUUGUCUUUGCUGAUGGUGAGCAGAGUCACCGCCCCAGCCAUAAUGGAGAUUCCAGGCUGACCCUUUCAGUCUGCCCAGAAAGGGCCUCUGUUUUGUUUUCUAGAAAUAUCUUGCUGUAUGAUGUCAUUUCUGUAGCUCUGCACAGACGUGA